CGUAAAGUGCAUCACAUUAGUAAUUAGCUGAUGACAAAGGGGCAGAGAUCUUAUACAGACUGAAAGCAGUGCCUGAUCAGACCAUGGGUCAGGAGGGCUCAGCUUCUGAUAUGCUGCCUGGCGCUGACUAGUCCCCUCAGAUCCUGUUUUGAGACCUUCCUUCCCGAUAGCUGCUGCUUUCAGAGAUCUGGAAAUGAACAUUCCCAGGCAAAGGACAAUCGUCUUCAUCCUGGUGGCUGGGCUCCUGCUCGUCGCUCUCAGCCUGGUCUUAAUCUUCGUGUCGCCCCAGAUUAUCCAGGACCAAAUCAUUAAGAACGUGCAGCUCAACCCCAACAAUGGUUUUGCCUAUUCAGUGUGGAGAGAUGUUCCUAUCCCUUUCUACAUGUCUGUGUAUUUCUUUCACAUUGUGAAUCCCGAGGCAAUACUCAAUGGAGAGAAGCCAAUUCUGUCACAGCGAGGACCCUAUGUUUACAGGGAGCACAGGCCAAAGAGCAACAUUACCUUCCAUGAGAACUACACAGUUUCAUACCGUUCGUACCGACAGUUCCACUUCGUUCCAGAGCGGUCGUCUGGCAACGAGAGCGAUGAGCUCAUGCUGCCCAACAUGCUCGCACUCGGUGCAGCCAUUUUAGCUGAGAAACUCCCUCCACUCAUGAAGCUCACAUUCAACCUUGCCAUGAAGAAGUUUAAUCAAAGUGCUUUUUUCAGAAGGACUGUCGGGGAAAUCAUGUGGGGAUAUGAAGACGAACUUAUUGCCUUUCUUAAACAAGCCUUCCCAAACCUUCUCCCCUUUAAGGAUAAGUUUGGUUUGUUUGCUGAUCUGAACAACACCGACACUGGAUUAUUCACCAUUAAUACAGGAAUUGAUGAUAUUAGUAAAGUCCAAGGAAUUGACACAUGGAAUGGUAGAAGAAAGGUGAACUUCUGGCAUUCCGACCAGUGCAACAUGAUCAAUGGGACGUCGGGUGAAAUGUGGCCCCCGUUCCUGACUCCGUCGGACACGCUGAAGUUUUAUAGUCCAGAUGCCUGUAGGUCACUGGAGUUAGUUUACCAGACAUCAGCCCAGUGCUUCGGGCUGCCUUCGUUCCGCUACAUCGCCCCGAAGACCAUGUUUGCUAAUGGAACGGUGUACCCUCCCAACCAGGGCUUCUGUCCGUGCAGGGAGUCUGGGGUCCUGAAUGUCAGCACGUGCAGGAUGAAUUCCCAGGUCUUUGUCUCACAUCCUCACUUCUACAACGGCGACCCUGCGCUGUGGGAGGCCGUGGACGGGUUACACCCCAACGAGAAGGACCACGCACUGUUCAUUGACAUCCACGCGAUGACAGGAGUCCCUCUGAAUGUCUCCAUUAAAUUACAACUUAAUCUGUUCCUAAAAGCUGCAGAAGGAAUAAAGCUGACAGGGAAAAUGCGAACCUUGCUGCUGCCUCUCAUGUGGUUUGAUGAAACUGGGAACAUAGAUGGGCCAAUCCUGAACAACUUCUACGUUUUCAUGGCUCUGAUACCUCAGCUUCUUCAGUACAUCCAGUACAUUCUCCUAGGCCUUGGUCUCUUACUGCUGAGUGUUGCUGCAAUCCUUGGAUUUAUUUCAUGGCAGCAGAAGCGAGCCAAAUAUUUGGGUACUAAAAUUCUCAGCGCAUUACCGGCUAAAUGUGGGACAGAGAAGGUCAAGGAAGGACCAAGGAUUAAGGCGCAGGCUGAAACCCGGUUCUAGUGCCUUUGCAGCUUCCAGAAGGAAAUGAAGAAAGUUCUGCAAUUUUGUGUUUCCUGCAUAGGUUGAUCAGAUGCAGGAAGCUGAAAUGAUGUGAUCACGAGACUUUGGAUGCUGGAAAUUCGGAGCGGCACACGUACAAUGCUGGAGGAAGGAGCUCAGCCCGAAGUGUCCAUUGUCCAUUUUCCUCCAUAGAAGCUGCCUGGCGCACCGAGUUCCUCAGUGUUUUGUACUUAAAUUGAUGUAAUGUUUCCCUGUGAUUUUCAGCGGUUGUGUAAAGCGCAUUAGACCUGGAA